AUGACUCCAGAGUAUACUCCAAGCUGGGAUGUUUACAAGUCCGAGAUUGAAAGGUUAUAUAUUCACGAGAACAAGACACGUGAGGAAGUGAUGGGUUUCAUGACAACUAAAUACUGUUGGAACAAAAGAGACGACCAAUGGAUUGCCUGGCAAGUCGGUAAACGGGAGCGAGAAGACAAGGAAAGCGAGGUCUUCGUCAAUGGGAUCCAGAUUCAUCCUGCAAAGAUUGCCAAAUCGAGGUACAGAAAGGGCUUCUUGACUGAAUAUUCACGAUAUGGCCCUUCUCCAAGUACUCCGGAAGGCUAUGUUGUGGCUACACCCGCACCACCUGGUAUACAUGUUUUAUGGACUCGGAGUGAUUCUCUUCCAUGGAUACGAUUCACACGUUUAUUUGAACUUUCACAAAAUAAUGAUAUCUCCCCGUCUUCUCCUGCCUUUCUCACUUUAAACUCGUCGCACAAUUCAGUUGCCGCUCGCGUUAACUUCGGAUUAAUGCAACACUUAAGCACUAUCGUACCAUGGAAUAAACUCCAAUACUCUCCAAAUAUGUACAGUGCUUCCCGUACAUCGGCCGCUCUGAGUAUCCUCAUGCCAGAAAAUGAGCCUGGUCAACACGAGACCCUGUCAGCAGAUCUGAGUACUUCAGGAGCAGAGAGUUGGGAGAGUAUGAGUGUGACGCUCUUCCUCAUCUCAAAUCAUCUGACUUCGUGGACUCCGGCGGAUUUCUCUAAUGGGAUUGAACGAGAUGACAAACUAGUCUUGCAAAUCCUCAGAGACACUGGCUGGGAUAAUUUAAAGCAUCUCAAGAUUCUGAUUUCAAGUCGCGAACCAACUGCCCAGGCUAUGACGGAAAAAGUGUUUUCCUCUGCACUAAGACAGGGCAAUUUCGACAUGGUCCAAAAAAUGCUUCAGUCUGGGAUGAACCCAAAUGGGCUGAUUGAUCAUGGCGCCGACGUGAACUUUUCUGUCAACGAUGACGGUAAAACUGCUCUAUUUUAUGCCAUCUUCGAAAUGAAUGAGCCUGCCAUUCAGAUACUUCUGGCUCACGGUGCCCUAGUGACAAUGGCUUGCGCUGAGCGUAUUGCUUUUUCAGACUCGGAUUUUUAUAAGGAGAACCCUCUCCUUGGAGAUAUCAUAGACAUCUAUCUUGAUCAAGAUGUGAGGAAACAAAGGGACAAUACAACGACUGUUGAAAUCGCGGUGAGGUAUAGCAAUGUGCCCCUCGUUGAGAGAUUCAUUACCAAGGGGGCUCAUUUGAAUGGGCGGUUGCAUUUCAUCUCCUCGCGAUCCGAAUAUGAAACUAGCUUACUAGGCUCUGCGGUCGAAAAAGGAAAUAUUGAAAUAGUAGGACUUUUGCUUCCUCUUUCCGCUCAUGAAGAUCCAUCGCUGCUUUCACGACGCUAUAUGUCUCCAUUAGCUCUCGCGGCUAAAAAUGGUCUCAUUGAUAUCUGUGAACUUUUGCUCAACUCAGGUGCUGACAUUCGAGCUGCUGAUGAGGGUCAAAAGACGCUGCUUGAGCUUGCGGUUCUGAAUAACAAUCUUGCUCUUUGCCAAUUGUUAAUUAACCAUGGUGCCAAAGUUGACCGAGUGCCAUGUAAAAUUCAACAUUGCCCCUCGGCACUUAUGAUUGCCGUUCAGCGAAGUACUAUUCUUGCAGCGGCUGUUGAAGUUGGAGAUGAAACGAUAUUAACCAGACUAUUAAAUUCUGGAGCAAGACCUCCCGGACUCGAGAUUAACAAAAUUGGAAAUUUACAAACUGCUCUCUUUUUGCAGAUCAAUGGAACUCUUCCAAGACUCCUGGAUCACUUUGGUCCCGGACUCCUUUCCGCUGCCAUUUCCGAUCAAGAUGAUGAUUUAGCAUGGUUCCUACUUGAGAGAAAUGCUGACAAGAAAGGAAAAAUAACAGAUCCACAUGAGAGAACACCUCUGUGGGCCGCCCUUCAGGUUGACAGCUUGGGCUUUGCACUGAACCUCCUUUCGCGCGGUUCCAAAGCUACGGAUGAUGCCCUCGCAGAAGCUAUAAAAAACAAUCGCGAUCACCUUCUUCCGCCAUUGCUCUCAGGGUUCACGGGAAGUGCCCCGACGGCAGCUUCAGCCGCGGUGUUGAAAGGCUCAAUUACUGGUUUGGAGUUACUCCGAGAAGCAAAUAUCGACCUGAAAGGAGCGCCUCGAAUGUCUCAUCAUUCAUGGGAUAUAAAAGGUAUUGACAGCACACAGCAUUCUCAUCUCGAGUCAGUUCUUGAGAUAGCGGCUUGGAAAGCUGAUGACUGGAUUUUCAAAUAUCUUCUUGAAUGGGCCUCCUCAGCUCAGAUGGACUGGAGUCCAGCCUCUGUAGGUCGUGCUCUGAUAAUAGCAAUCUUUAAGAAGAAGAACGACCAUAUAUUUGAGUUGAUGCAGCUCGAAUUAGACUUGAACUGCGAUAUCACCGUGACCAGUGAUCAUUCACUCCCAUUCGAUGAGUCAGACCAAGUAUCGGUCGUCCGCGACCUACUACUCUUGAAGGGAGCAAAUGUCAAUUACUUGGGAGAAGGUUCAACAAGGCGGACACCAUUGCAGCAUGCUGUCGAGCUUGGAAACAUGGAGAUUGUCAACCUUCUUCUAGAGCGCGGCGCCGAUAUCAAUGCUCCAGCUGCUGAAAACGGAGGUGCAGACAUUAAUCAAGAAGGUGCGUGGGUAAAUGGACGUACGGCUUUGAUGGGCGCCGCAGAACAUGGUCGGAUUGGUAUGUUGCAAAUGCUUUUAGACGAAGGAGCACUCGUCGUGGGUGAAUUUGAAUCUGAACAUGACUUUUGGGAAGCGGUUGGUCUUGCAGAGGACCGAGGGCAUUAUGCCGCAGCUAGACUCUUGAAAUCAUUCAAGGAAUCUGUUGAGCUGGGCGCUUUGGAGCAGGAUAGCAUGUCAGGCUAG